GCCCAUGGAACCGCACACGCUUCCCUGUCUGCUUUGAUCCCGCAGCGCGUGUUGUAGUAACACAUGUUUCUAGGGGGCGUGGCCAAACUCCGGCGGGGUGUUAAAUACUGCCCAUGCGCGCGCACAGCUGACACAGGAGGACUCUUCACACUGACUGCACCUAUCCAUCUUCAAAAGCUCCUCAUCAGCUCCUAAAAAGGAUUUUCAUCAGAUCUUCAAAAGCUCUUCAAAAGCUCCUCAUCAGCUCUUCAUCAGAUCUUGAAUAGCUCAUCAGCUCUUCGAAAGCUCUUCAUCAGCAGUUCAUCAAAUCUUUUAUCAGCUCUUUAACGGCUCUUCUUUCUAUCAGCUCUUCUAGGCUUUUCUUCAAGUACCCACCAAAUAUUUAAGAAACUCUUCAUCAACUGUCCAUCAUCUCUUCAUCAGCUGCUCAUCAGAUUCUUAGGUAGCUCUCGAUCAGAUCCUUGUCAGCUCUUCAUCAGAUCUUUAAUUAUCUCUUAAGCAGAUCUUUAGUUACCUCCUUGUCAGGUCUUUAAUUAGCUCUUCAUCAGCUCAUCAUCUCUUUGUUAGCUCUUCACUAGAUCUUUAAGCAGUUGUUUAUUAGCUGUUCAGCAGGUCUGUGUUAGAUCUUCAUUAGCUCUCUAAACAGCUCUUCAUCAGCUCUUCAACAGCUCUUCAUCAGACUUUCAGUUGACCUUUAACCUCCUGAGGAGUUUGAAUGGAGACGGUUUCUGAACUUUCACCGGUAUCAGAGCUCUCCACCUGCAUGCAGAGCCUCCUCUCCCAGCACAGUAGUUUGAGUCCUGAGGGUGAAGUGUCUCUGGAGCUGAAGAGUCCUGAGAGAAAGCACACAGACCAGAGAAACCAACUACCAGAGACGCCAACAGUCAGCAGGAGGACACCUCAGAGUAAAAUGUCCUCACCCCAGUGGCCAUCAUUAAAACUGCGGUGGCGGCAUGCCAGGCGUAUACGAGGAGAUGAUGAUGAUGAAGGUGAUGAAGAUGGGAAGGAGAAUGAGAGUGCACACACUCGCAAGCGAGUGCGGGUGAAGCUGUUCAGCAGGUCCAGUCCUGACUCUGAGGAGGAGGUGCGGAGCAAAGUGAAGAGACCCAAUCACAGCUCUCCACAAGAGGGCGCUGUUCACCACAGCCAACCACAAUCACCUGAUCCAGAGUCGGUUGCACUCUUCCAAAGACUGAGGUCCAGGAGGAAAUCUGCUCACACACACAUCCCUGAGCCAACCGUCACUGACCAGCACCUGAUUGGAGACUUCAGUAAGCAUCAUGUGCUUCCUGUGGAGCGUGUGGGUUAUCAGGAGCUUCAUUGUGUUUCUGCUCAGACUGUGGCGGGUCUGAUCACUGCUCAGUUCAGCGCUGUGGUGGAAGAUUUCCUCAUCAUAGACUGUCGGUACCCAUACGAGUUUAAAGGAGGACACAUUAAGGGAGCGGUGAACCUGUACACUGAGCAUCAGAUCCACCAAGCCUUCCUCCAGAGCUUCUCCAACUUCCAGACUUCUCCAGGAGCUCAGCAGGACCCUCGUAGUCCAGAGGCGGGCGCUGUGGGGGGAGUGCAGGGUCCGGGCAGUGGUGGAUCCCGGUCAUCAGCAGUAUCAGGAGAGAUUAAAGAUGGAGGAUCAUCAUCUCCCAGGAAGCUGAUCGUUUUCCACUGCGAGUUUUCAUCAGAGAGAGGACCACGCCUGUGUCAGUAUCUGAGGGAGCUGGAUCGAGCUGUAAAUACUCAGAAUUAUCCUCUACUGCUCUAUCCUGAACUCUACCUGCUGCAGGGAGGAUACAAACACUUCUACACACACUACCCGGAUCUGUGUGAUCCCUGCAAUUAUGUCCCCAUGCGUCAUCAGGACUUCAGGGAGCAGCUUCAACGAUUCAGCAGGAAAAAGAAUCCGCAUCACAGCAGACGGCCAAUCAGAUCACAGCAGAGGACGGCACGAUUUUAACAGUGACCAUCAGUCGGCCUUGUCCCCAUCCCAUCACAUUGCAUCAUCACAUCAUAUUACAUUAUAGCUGUGUGUGCAGUGUCUGCUCUGUACUGUAGUGCUUCUGACAGACCUCACCUAAUAAAGCUGAACGUGAUGCUCUA